ACAGAGAUAUUCGCACCUGAACCCUUUCAUCCUAUGGCACUAGUUAGUGGACAAGUUCAAGGUAGAGAAAUCAUUCAAAAGUUUUAUCCAAAUGGAACUCCAUUUCUUAUAAUAUUUCCUGAUGGAACUGGAAAUGUUUUUUAUCCUUCUGGAAGAAUUGCUAUUUUAAUCACCAGUGUGACACUAGGACAGAAUACUUAUGUUGUUCUUGAUGAUAGUACAGAAUCACAGAUACUCGCAGUCUUUGAUGCAACUGGUUGUGGAACUUGCUAUUUCAUGGAUGGAAAAAUUAGGUUAAAUUAUGAUCAACAGGGGGGAAUUGAAUUAGAUUUUACUGGGUCAAGAAGAAGAUCUUGGAUCUGGAAGGAUCAUGAAACCCACGUCCAUGCUCCGCCUUUCCAGCCCAUUGUUUUUGGCAUGAACUACUUUCUAAGUGUCCGAGUGAUGUCACAGGAGAAUAUAGCCUUAUCCCUAACUGGAAAAAAAAAGAAGCUGUAGAUUUAAUGUAGACACCAAAUUAAAGAUGGUGAUGCCUGAGAAUUAUCUUGACAAGUUCAAUGAAUAUCAACUUUACAUAGAUGAGCAUAAACUCCACAUUCAAAGUUUAAUGAUCAAAGUCAACAAUUUAUUGAAGUUUCCCAAGUCUCCCAAACUGGACUCAAUGUUACCUCCUGUAUCUCUAACAUCUAAACAAUUCAAAGUCAAUCAGAAACGACAACAAUUGAAUUCCUUAUCUCCAAGAAAUAAAGAAAAGAGAAUAACAAAACAGCACAGAUUACCUCCCUUAGACCAGACCUCUGUCAUUGUAAAUUAACUAAGGACUGGAUGCUCCAAAAAUACAAUGUAGAGAAUCUUUUCUCUGGAGUCUGUGAGAACUCUAUUAAACAGUCUAAGUUUUCAAUAGCUGCUAAAGUUACAUAAGUUGAAAAUAGUCUCUUCUUGAAAAUGCAUCAUUUGGUCACUAUCUGACUAGUCUAAAACGAGACUAAACAUGUUAUUUUGUUACCAGUUUUAACUAAUGCUUUUGUAUUUAUUUUGAAAUAUAUUAACAUUUUGUUUCUAGUAAACUAUUUCAUAUAAAAAAAUAUAUAUAUUUUUGAAGAGCUACAUUGUAUAUAUUUUAAACUCAUGUUUUUCUUGUCUUAUUUACAUUAACAUUUUUUAUUUUAAAAAUUCA